UAUCCCCGAAAAUUGUCGAGGGAUUCGGUUUCCAAACCUCUUCAAAAAAAAAAACAUGUGGCAGACUGCUAUUAGAUAAAGGGGUCGCUGACGUGAAAGCAUGUGGUGAACGGAAAUUUGAAUUGGAGAGGUUGUUUACGGGAAAACACUUAUACCCUAUGUUUGGCCCGACUUUUAGAAGUGCUUUUCGGGUUCAAAAGCUGAAGCAGGGCCAAACACCUGUAAAAGCUCGGUUUUUGAAAAGUCGAAAAGCGCUUUCGUAUAACAUAAAAGCAGAAUCGGAGCUUCUGCGAAAAGCUGUUUUGAAAAUACAAGAUUAUCCUUACCAUAUUUUAAUUUUAUUUCAGAAAAUAUAAUUUUCCUUCAUUUAUAUCAUUUUAAAAAUAAAAUAAAUUAUAAAAUCAUAUUAUUUAAUAUAAAAGAAAUCUAACAAGAUCCAUUUUGACUACUUUUUAUUGUUUAGAAUUUUUAUUCAUAAUUUAUAUUAUGAGUCCUUUAUAGUCAUUUUACACAACCUCUUAUGUUAAAAAGCAUUUCUAAUAGUUUUACAUCCAAACACUCAACAGUUUUUUUUUAAGUACUUAUCUAAAAACUCGAGCCAGAAGCUGCUUCUGUAAAAGUUACCGCAGGACCAAACUAAGCUAUAAUAUUCUUUAGAUUCUAUUAAAAUUAUACAAGAAGAUUCUAUUUUCUAAAAUGUUUGGAUUAAUAGGUAAAAAUAAAAUUACCUUUUUCUUACAAGAGUCCGAUUCCCAUAGAAGAUAGGACUUACUUGAGAGAUUGGGCCACUGUAUUUACUCCUUUCCUUUCCGUCGGAUUAUUUAUUGCUCUCCUUCCCCUCCUUACACUGAACCGAAGAAUCCAGGCUUCUUCGUCCGUCGGAUUAUUUAUGGCCGGUUGGGUUAUCUUCUUUCCAUCCCGUUUGCCGCCAUGCUUCGUUUUCCCCCAUCCCCGCCCAGGUCAAACCGGCGUCGUCGAAUGCGAUCGGAUGAAACCCUAAUCAGCAAACUCGGAGACGAUCAUCUCUCAGCCCCUCCGGUGGGUUACUGUCUUCGCUCUCGCCGCCUCAGUUGUUUCAAAGCUUGCUCACCGGCGACCGAGUUCCGCAGCUUCCCAGUUCUGGACAUAUUUCGUCGUGUCCCGUCGGCCCCCAGGACAAAACGACGACGGCUUCGUUGCGGAAUCAAGUUGAAAGGAAGUCCGAUCAGCAAACUGGAAGACGAUGAUCUCCUUCUGGAAAUUCUGAUUCGCCUCCCGGACCCUAUAACCGCCUGGCGUUGCAAACCCGUCUGCAAACAUUGGAACUCACUCGUUUCCACCCGCUACUUCAAGCGCCGUUUCGUUUCUCACCACCAGAGCAAGGAUUUUAGAUUGCUUCAAGGAUUUGGUGUUGUGCGGGUGGCUGUGGGAGGAGAAGUACAUUAAUGACGAGCUUGUCAGAUUAUACUUGGUCUGCAAUUGGUUUACCAAGCAAUGGAUCGCCCUUCCUUUGGCUCCUGAAAUGAGAGAUCUUCGUGUGGGAAUGGUUGCAAGGUUAGUUUGUGAGCCCUUCAGUAAGAAUUCCGAUGAUAAUAACCUUGACACAGGAGAUGGCCAAGUAUUUGGUCUUUCUUCAGUGUAUCGGUUCCGAGUGGUGAGUAUCUAUGAAGUUACUAAAAAUGCUACAGUACUGGACGUUUUUUGUUCAGAGUCUGGGAAGUGGGUGAAGGAGGCUGUUGUUCUUCAUGGCUAUCACAAGUUUAUGCUACAAAAUGUAAUUUCCUGGGAUGGAAAAAUGUGGUGGUCGUAUUAUACACGAGAACUUGAGGCUGGUUUCUUCGAGUUUAAUCCUUUCCGCCUAGAUAUACCACCCACUAAGAUUGAUAUUUCUGGUGGUUUUGCUAUGUCGAGAAGUUCUAAUAUUGCUGUCUCAAAAGGAGCUUUGUAUCUAGCUAGUUGCAAUUCUGUACGUAAUGUUUUGAUGGUUUGGAGACUGGAAGAAGAUGAUGGGAAAAGAUCAUGGGUGAUUGUGUAUCAAGUAUCCUUAAACAACAUAUCAAAGUUGAAGGACAUGCAGGUGUCAAUGUCUCGUGCAUGUGACCUGCAUCCCGAGAACCCAGAAAUCGUCUACUUAGAGUUAUAUACUGGGGGUCCAUGUAUGUUACGUUCUUCGAAUUCACUUGGUGUCGUCUCCUUCAAUGUAAGAAAUGGAGAACUAGAGUUGGUUGAACGAAGACAAUGUGAGCAUAAACCUCAUUAUAUUGUGUUUCAUAUCCAGCCUAGACUCUUUUGCUGGCCUACACCCAUUCCAUCAUACGAGAAAUUGAAAGGUGUGUAUGAUGGAAGCUACAAUUGUUUGGUCCAGAGCAGCAAGGCAGCCACAACUCCAGUCCCUCAAGAAUUGGUAAUUGCUUCUGCUUGAAAUGAUUUAGCUUUGUUUCCCUGACUCUUCUCUUCCAUAGCAUCUCUGCUAGGUUUAGGAAAUGCAUUUGAUGAAACUGAUUCCGAGAGGAACUCUUCCUUAUUUUCAUAACGGGCUUGUCUCAUUGAAUGUCUGAUUGCUGAUUGUUGUGCUAAGAAACUCUGCAGAUUCUCUAUCUACUUUCUCAUGCAGCAUAUUAAGUAUGCAGAUAUACAUGUCUCAUCCUGUUUCCAAUUGCUUGGGAUUUUUUAUUUGAUUUGAAUGAAGCUCGCCAUGUUAAAAGAUGGACAGACACACCCACCUCAAAAAAAAUUAUGUCGUCUGCUUGCUACUAAACUUCAUCUCCCAUCUCAUUAUGCUGUUGCUUCACGUCAUGCAUGAUUUAUUUGGCUUAAGCUUAUGCCGAAUCAAGUUAAUUUCCAGUUCUCAAGUAUGCGUAGCACGAUCAUUGUUCAUGAAUACUUAUGGUUUACGCAAGUCCAAUACCUUUUAAGCAACUACGAUUUUAUAAGUUAAGCAUUUUAUGAGCUUGGAUCUCCCACUGUGCGGAUGAUCCUCAUGUCAAGCAAGAACAAGUCACGGUAUGUUAAGCAAGAUCAUGUUUUUAACCUCACUUAAUUAGUUACGCAAGCGGCCACCUCACUUCCCGGAGUAAGGAAGCAUCAUGUUAUGUUACCUCACUCUUUCAGAUAAGGAGUCCAUGUUCAAGUUCAUGUAUCAGGUACCGGUUGGUCGCCUAACUAGCAUGAAGUUACCUCACCUCCCAUAGUGAUGGAGGUCCAUCUUUAUCAUGUUUUGACGUCCUAACUUAGGACUGGCCCUACGAUGACAAUUAGAAAUUGUAGGGUCACCGAAAGCACAUAAGGGAGACGACCAAGUCAAAACAAAGUUCAAGGCUCUAA